UCACCAUCUGGCAUCUUUUCAAUGCCACCGCCCAUCUCGCCUCCCCAGCUUGACCCAGAUCUUGUCGAACCGGCCUCGAGUCCACCCAGCCGAGGCAAACGCUCCCUGAACCAAGCCAGGCAACGUUGAGCGCGCCUGUUUAGUAUCAUACAGCCGCUCGUUGCGCGCUACCCAGAUCAUUUGUUAUCGAGUUCGUGCUACACACAGUACACCACGUUCCAUGGUCCCUGGAAUCAGCAAAAAUGCCGAAUGGAAAGCCGGUACGGCCCACACGGAGAGGAUGCAUCGCACAACUGUACAAAGUACAUUGCCAUGGCUCCAAUACUGGUCAAUCCUAGGAACAACGAACACUACCUACAUUCAUCAAGCCAGAGCCAAACAAAAUCCGACACCUCAUGCGUCGAUGCGUUCAUACCAUUUGACGGCCGUCGGGGUACUCGAGACGCCGCCUGCAGAGCAUGCCCCGGUUGCAGUCGCUCAUCUCCAUUCUCAUGGCAAUCUUCCCAUCGAAAACAUGUGGCUGACCUUUGUCUCCAUUCGUUGCCGUGCGAGAUCACCCAAGUAGAGGUGGUCUCAGCUGGAGACCCGCCAUCCGCAUGCAGCAGCUUCAACAGCCUCCUUUGCACGGCAUGGCGGACUCGUCGAAUCACAGAUUCAGGACCGGACCUUCGAUCCUCCCACGCUUACAAUGUGCGACCUCAUCCCCCACCCGUUGUCUUCUCGUCAGACAGGAUUGUAAGCAUGUGCUUCCGUCGUCUGCCUGCAGUGUAAGCUGCUAGCGAAGGAACAGAAAGAUCAUGUAAGACUCGAACAAAAAGCACGCUGUAGCUUCGCUUACACCAAACGAUGUCGAGGACAUCCCUAAAUCCACCCCCUGAGCUAUCUGUGGCUUGCACUACAGGUGUACACCCCCCGUUCCUUUCCCCCAGCCCUACGCUUACUUCGGGUCUGCUGUAGACUUGAGGGCCC